UGCAGAACGGAAUCAUACAUGGAGUCAAGUUCCUAACGACAAAGAAUCUCAUGAUGAAGCUCCUGAUUGUUCUCGCAUUCGUGGCUGUGGUCGCUGCUCGACCUGAUGUCGACUACAACCGCUACGAAAACUUCAAUGUUGACGAAGUUAUUGAAAACAGACGUUUGUUCAAAGCGUAUGUGGAAUGCUUACAGGGAGUUGGAAAGUGUACUCCCGAAGGAAACGAUUUGAAAACUGCGCUGCCUGAUGGUAUCCAAAAUAGCUGUAGCAAGUGCUCUGAAAAACUUAAAACUCUUGUAGCCAAACUUAUCAUAGCAGCCCAGGAACAAUAUCCUGAAGAAUGGGAAUCAAUUAACAAACAGUACAACCCUAAUGGCGAACACAACGAAAAAAUGAAAGAAUUUCUCGAAAAAUACAAACCCUAAAUCUGUUAGUAGAUACAAAGGUCAAAUGAUUUAAAUUCUGAAGGAUAUACAAAAUAAAUAUGGCAAAGUUAAUAAUAAAGCAAAUUGUAAACAAUUA